UAUAUUCCACUCUACAUUCAUUAGACAAGAGCUAUCAAUCCCAAAGUCUUGAAUUCUCGAUUCACUCCUCAGUUCAAUACUGACAAAAUAGAUACGUAUCAUAAAUUUGUUCAAUUACCCCUAUAAACAAUAAAUAGAACCGUAAAAAAAAACAAAUACAUAAAUAAUACGUAAUAAUAAAUAGCUACAUAAAAAAAUCGCUACGUAUUCCAAAUUUUUUCAAUGAUCUUUCUCGAAUCGUCAAUCGUCAAUCUCGAACUAUUUUCACUGUCCCCCCUCUACUCAAUCCUCCUCUCCGCGCCUGAUAAAUAAAAUAUUAGCCGGCAGUCAAUUCAAAUUCAUUAUUCGGCGAACGACGCGAAGUCAAUUGACACAAGUGCCCUCGACUCCGGCUUCGUGGUUCCUAUUUUAUCGUAAACUGUACGUCAGUCAACAAAAUUACACUUACAGUGUAAUUACCGGAUUGCUAAUUCACUGAUUACAGUGAAAUUACUUAAUCGAUGUUGAGUAGAUAAUACACAAUAAUUUUGGUGUUUUGUUCAAACAAUUUUUUCGUAAUUCGCGAGUUACCUCGGAUAAUGAGCGCAAGUUCGUUGCAUUAUUCCAUUAUUUCUAUUGCGGGUAUUACUAUUGUUACCGUUAUCAUCCAAGUGCUGUGCAUAUUCUGAUACCGGAUUUCGUAUCGACUGAUUUAUUUCGAGAAAAUAGGAUGGUUCACGCAAUGCGCAAGUGAUCCACGUGCUUCGGACAGCGCUGUGAAGUGGGGAAGUGGCUCGUGAAUUAUAAGAGGAAAUGUUAUCACUCGUUUUCGGAUUAUCAGAAUUUCUGGGCUUUCGGCGCGUGGGUCACACGUGCUCCCCGACCGGGGCGGCAUUUCCGGGUAAAUGGUGAGGUUACAUUCGUCCGGGUGAGAGGGUGUGAUAGAUAUAAUAGCUAUUUGCGAGGAAAUGCUUCAACGUUUAUGUAAUAGGCAUUGGUACGCAUUUUUGGAUUAUGGGUUUCAGACGAAAGUUCUUCGUUCGAGGAAGUCUUUUGGAGCAGAUCCAGAAGAAUGUGCGGUACAGUUCAUCCCUGAAAAUUCGCGACCAGGAAUUCCUCCAAACAGACCCAGAAGCAGACCGUUCGUUUAAAUACUCAGACAUGUCGGUGACACUGGCACCACCCCACAUGCUCCAGCCGAAGCCGAACGUCAGUGAUCUUAGCUUUGGCAAAUACUUCACGGAUCAUAUGUUCAGGGUUUAUUAUCAUGAAGCACUUGGGGGCUGGCAGACCCCUGAGAUAACCCCUUUAGAAAAUUUAGUUUUCCAUCCUGCUGCUAAAGUACUUCAUUAUGCCAUUGAAGCAUUCGAGGGGCUGAAGGCAUACCGAGGAGUCGACGGAAAAAUCCGUCUAUUCCGUCCAGAGCUGAACAUGGUGCGUAUGAACGCAUCAGCCCGAAGAAUGGGUCUGCCAGCAUUCAACGGGAUAGAGUUCAUAAAAUGCUGCACCAGACUAAUCAGUAUCGACCAGGAAUGGGUGCCCCAUUCAGAGUCUUCCAGCCUCUACGUAAGGCCGACGAUAGUGGGCAUUGAUCCGACCCUGGGAGUUGCCUCAUCAGAGUCAGCACUGCUGUACGUGAUCCUUUGUCCAGUGGGCUCUUACUUCGCUGGGAACAAAAGUGCGGGGGGGGUUUCGUUGCUGGCUGAUCCCAGGUACACGAGGGCAUGGCCAGGGGGCUGUGGAGACCGAAAAGUUGGGAGCAAUUACGCACCAACGAUCAGGGUGCAGAAGGAGGCUGCCGAGAAGGGACUGCAGCAGGUUCUCUGGCUCUACGGAGAGGACCACCAGGUGACGGAAGUUGGGACUAUGAAUAUUUUCAUGUUUCAUAUUAACGAGGCUGGAGAAAGAGAAUUAGUAACACCACCAUUGGAAGGUCUCAUCCUCCCAGGAAUCACCAGGGCCUCGAUUAUAGACGUCGCUCGUGAUAUAAAUGAGUUCAAAGUAACAGAGAGGACUAUUACCAUGAAGGAAGUUAGUCGACUAGUAGCAGAGAAUAGAUUAUUAGAGAUGUUUGGAGCUGGAACAGCUUGUGUCGUGAGUCCAAUCUCAUACAUUGAAUACAUGGGACGUGGACUCCACGUACCCACGUGCGAUCAGCCAGAGCCACUCUACAAGAAAUUCCUGAAAACCCUCCUAGAUAUCCAGUAUGGCUACGUACCGGGGCAUCCAUGGACAUGGGAAAUCGACUGAUAAACUCACACCUCUCGCAAUUGAUAUUAGCUCGAACACCACAAAUAAAUCUCAACACCUCAUCUACUACUCAUGGACCUGGCAUUUUUGACCAGUCUUGUGAUCCUUUUUGUACUAUUUAUUGUUACUGAGACGCUCAUCACUCUGCGCUGUUGCCAGCCUCGAGGACUUAUUGUACAUAGUUUGAAGAUUGAAGUGAUUAGAAGACGGAUUUCUCCUCGAUUGUGUAAAUAUUGAGGGGCAAUUAACGCGAAAUUUAUGUACCGCCGACGAUCAUUAGUCUAAUUAAGUGUUGAUUUUUCUGUUGAAUUAUUGUUGAAAUUGUUGUGCCUAAGGAUAAGAUGUUUUUAGUAAUUUAAAAUAGUUUGUUCAAUGCGGAAAUAUAUCAAUUUUUUAUAUAAAAUGUUUGUAAAGUUAUUCAGUAAGUUUACGAAUUUGAAUUUUUUCUGUGAAUUAUUCUCUUGGAAUUGUUUCUUGAGAGAAAUUCUUGGGAGGAAGAUUGUUCUGCCGCAAUUCAAGUAAAAAUAUUUUGAAAAAUCAA